AUGAAUCAUACGUCUGAGGACCUAGAAAAGCAAAGCAAGGUUCUUGAUAUCGAUGAGCUUGAGAACGAAAAGGUUCAUGAAGAACAAGAAAAGCCUGAACAAAACGAUGUUUGGACUUGGAAGGGCAAGACAUGGAAGCAGCGACUUGCCUUUUUGACACGCAAAGAGUUUUUGAGAGUAUUGAUCCUUGGUCAAAUAUUAUCGCUUUGCAUUACUGGCACCGUCGUCGUCAAUAACAAGCUUACCGAAGAAUUCAACUUUAAUGCACCUACCACCCAAACGUUUUUGGUCUACGCUGUGUUAGCUGUGGUGUACAAUUCCUAUGCUAUCUGGAAACGAGGCAUCAAGGGUUGGCUUAGACAAUUCUGGGAACGUGGCGUUUAUUAUUUCUUCCUGGGAUGGGUUGAUGUGGAAGGCAACUACCUCGUGGUCAAGGCAUAUCAAUACACUGGCAUGUUGUCGGUCAUGAUCCUGGAUACGUGGAGUACACCUGUUUGUGUAUUAUUGGCAUUCAUCUUUUUCCGUGUGCGCUAUCGAUGGGUGCAAUAUCUCGGCAUCUUUUUAGCAUUGUGCGGCACCGGCAUGGUUGUAGGCAGUGAUGCCAUGUUGGGUAACUCUUGGCUUGCAAGUGAUCCUGUCAAGGGCAACUUUUUCGUCAUUGUGGGUGCUACAUUUUAUGGUAUCAGCAAUACGAGUGUUGAGUAUUUGUCACGCAAAUACCCUAUCUACGAGGUCAACGGCAGCUUCACCCUUUUUGCAACGCUCAUCAACUUUGUUCAGCUUAUGAUCCUCGAACGCAACGAGUUUGCCAAUUUUAAAGAUAACAGCUUUGAAGUGGGUCUUAUUAUCAUUUACGUGGUGUGCAUGGUCAUUUUGUACUCGUUGGCGCCUCUCAUGUUCCGUUGGGGCAGUGCUGUCAUGUACAAUUUGUCAUUGAUGACGAGUGACUUUUACAGCUUGAUCUUUGGCUUGGGUCUCUUUGGCCAAACGGUCAGUGUAUUGUAUCCUCCUGCAUAUGUCAUUAUCAUUGUUGGCAUUGCUGUGUAUUACAUCUUUCCAGCACCUGAACCAGUGGCCAUCACCGAUCCCAACGAUCCCUCCAAGCCCCACCGUCAAUUCUCUUGGUUUGGCUUUUACUUCAAAAAGAUCCCAGCUCAAGUCCAACCUGGGCCAGUCGAAUCGGUACCCCAUGAACAUGUGGAGGUGAUUGAGGACAAUGGCAACACCACCACCACCACCAAGGCUUCUGAAGCCAAGGUAUAA